AUGAAGUGGCAUAUCGAGCACUUUCAGCAGUUGCGCCUCGAUCUCGUGUCGCUGUUAGCUGUGCUGGGUGAGGGCUCAGUCACUCGAACAGCCCAGGCGAGCAGUAUCUCCUGGUGGUCUUGUCUUCCAAGACUGCUCCCAGCUCCGCAAGCACUUCUAUUCCACGAACGACCAGAACGGCUGCCAGUCUUUCCGGGCAUUGUCGCCGGCGCUUACAGCGGAAAUGUUCGAAAGCAAAUCAAUUUCUUCGCAUACCUCCUGCAUGGCGAUAGCCCGCUCCCUUAUCGCGUUGAGUUCAUCAAGGUCGAGCGUGUUGGGCCCAAGGGGGUCCGAUCCUUUCACUUCCACCAACAUGGGCCACUCAAAUUUGUCAUGGUCCUCAGCUUCUUCAUGAGCAUCGCUUUACUAGGAUGGGUCAUCUCGGAAGACGACGGCUUUGGCUUGCUGGCUCUUGUCACUUUGUCCUCCAUCAGCGCCUUGAUCAGCUUUGGAACACACUGGUCCUUGGGGAGGUCAUUCCAAGAACCCGAGCCUGAGAAAGACAAAGCUCGCGAGAACGCUCUGCCAACAUCGGACAUUGUCCUCUACUACCCGAAUGGGGCCAUCCGGGUCGUCUCGACAACGGAGAAGAUAGCCCGACUUUACUUUGAGCACGAAUCAUGCGAUUAUUACCUUGGAGACUUCCGAUACCGCGCUGUUGCCUUCUUUGCAACACUCUUGCUGAUGGCUGGGGUGAUUUGUCUUGCCAAUGCACAACCUCGCACCCAAGUUGCAUUUGCGUUGGCAUAUGUGAUCAUCAACGGUCUUUACUGGGCCGUCUCUUCUUUGAAGCCACAACAUCAUUGGCGCCAUCAAUAUCUGGUCGAAAAGAAGGCUUUCAAGAUCCGGCCCGGUAGAAUACCCACUUUGCAGAAGCUCAAAGGGGAAAAGGAGAAGAAGACACUACCCUGGUUGCUGUUCUUGACUAAGUGCUGGCAGCAGGUCAGCACGCCACAUCCGGCACGUCUGAAAGAGUCGGAGGACGAUUACCUCGAGGAAUAUCGAAACAUGACGACUGCGUUGUGGGCUGCCAUCUUCCUUACAGGAACUUCACAGUGGCUGAAUGAGUCCACAUCAAUUGCUCCCAUGAACGACGCCUGGAAGGAUUGGGUACGAAAGGCGGACGACCAAGUCCGUGGCAAAGAAAGGCCCGAAGUUCAUGCCAUCCGCGCAAACGAUAGCAUCCGUGUCGACAUGAAGAAGCAAUCGGGGGAACUAGUGUUUCCAGACGUUUGGCAAUGGGAUUUCAAGGGCGAACUGACCAAGAGCUUGCAGGACUACAAAUCAACCACCAAAAGACAGCGGCAGCCAGUUUUACCAGAUGGAGACGAACAGGAAAGUGCGUGA